UUCCGGGUUCAGGGCCUCGACGGUUUCAGUGACGUUUCUGUUCCGCAGCGAGACGGACUGGGGGAGAAUGGCUGCCAGUGGAGACAUAGGCAAGCUGUUACAGGCUAAUGGGACUCCAGCGAACACAAGCUACAAUGGUGUGGACGCCCUCCACGCCUGCAACAUUCUCCAGCAGCUCAAGGCUCUGUACGAUGAGAGGCAGCUGACCGACAUCGUUGUGGAAGUGGAUCAUGGGAAGACCUUCUCCUGUCACAGAAACGUCCUUGCCGCAAUCAGCCCUUACUUCAGGUCUAUGUUCACUAGUGGCCUUACGGAGAGCAGCCAGAGAGAGGUCCACAUCGUGGGCGUAGAGUCCGAGUCCAUGCACCUCGUGCUCGACUACGCUUACACCUCCCGGGUCACGCUGUCCGAGUCCAACGUCCAGGCUCUGUUCACGGCUGCCAGCAUCUUCCAGAUCCCCGCCCUGCAGGACCAGUGCGCCCAGUUCAUGAUCAGCCGCCUGGACCCCCAGAACUGCAUCGGGGUGUUCAUCUUCGCCGACGCCUACGGCCACCAGGAGCUGAAGGAGAAGUCGCAGGACUACAUCCGCAAGAAGUUCCUGUGCGUGGUGAAGGAGCAGGAGUUCCUCCACAUGACCAAAGAGCAGCUGGUGAGCAUCCUGAACAGCGACGACCUGAACGUGGAGAAGGAGGAGCACGUGUACGAGAGCAUCGUCCGCUGGCUGGAGCACGACCGGGCCCGCCGGGAGGCCCACCUGCCCGAGGUGUUCGGCACCUGCGUCCGGCUGCCCCUCCUGGAGGAGGCCUUCCUGAAGAACAUUCCCCCGGCACUCGGCUGCGACCUGGUCAAGGACUGGACGGACAAGGGCAAGGCCAACGGCACCAACGGCUGCCCCCAGCGGCUGGGCAUGACCGCGUCGGAGAUGGUCAUCUGCUUCGACGCCGCGCACAAACACUCAGGGAAGAAACAAACCGUGCCGUGCCUCGACACCGCCGCCGGGAAGGUCUUCAAGCUCUGCAAGCCGCCCAACGACCUCCGGGAGGUGGGCAUCCUGGUGACGUCGGAGAACGACAUCUACAUCGCCGGGGGGUACCGGCCCAGCAACAGCGAGGUGUCCAUCGACCACAAGGCGGAGAGCGACUUCUGGCUGUACGAGCACGCGGGGAACCGCUGGCUGCCCCGCGCCCCCAUGCUGCGGGCCAGGAUCGGCUGCCGCCUGGUGCACUGCAGCAGUAAGCUGUACGCGCUGGGCGGGCGCGUGUACGAGGGCGACGGACGCAACGCGCUCAAGUCCGUGGAGUGCUACGACAUCAGAGACAACCGCUGGACCGCCGUCAGCCCCAUGCCCGUCGCCAUGGAGUUCCACAGCGCCAUCGAGUACAAGGACCGCAUCUACGUCCUGCAAGGUGAAUACUUCUUCUGCUUUGACCCGCACAAGGACUACUGGGGCCACCUUGUCCCCAUGAACGUGCCCCGCAGUCAAGGGCUGGCAGCCCUCCACAAGGGCUCCAUCUACUACAUCGCCGGGAUCUGCAGAAACCACCAGCGCACUUUCACCAUGGAGGCCUACGACAUCGAGCAGAACGCCUGGACUCGAAAGAAGGACCUCCCGUUCGACCAGGCCACCAGCCCCUACAUCAAAGUGCUGCUUCUCUACGGCAAGCUGCACCUGUUUGUGAGGGCCACGCAGGUCACCGUGGAGGAGCACGUGUUCCGCACCAGCCGCAAGAACUCCCUCUACCAGUACCACGAAGAGGCGGACCAGUGGACCAAGGUCUACGAGACCCCGGACCGCCUCUGGGACCUCGGCCGCCAUUUUGAAUGCGUCGUUGCCAAGCUGUAUCCGCAGUGUCUUCAGAAAGUGCUCUGAGA